CCUCGCAGAUCUUCGACUCUCUCUCUCUCUCUCUCUCUCUCUCUCUCUCUCUCUUCCCGUCGUCGCUUCACCGGAAAAAGGACCAAUCAGAACCCGUUCAGGAUAUUGGGCUUUGCGGUCUAGUGCUUGUAUACUAAGCUUUACCAUUAUUAAGAUGCAGGCAUCAAGAGCUAGGCUUUUCAAGGAAUAUAAAGAGGUUCAACGAGAGAAAGUUGCAGAUCCAGAUAUUCAGUUAGUUUGUGAUGACUCCAACAUAUUUAAGUGGACGGCUCUCGUCAAGGGACCGUCGGAGACUCCGUUUGAGGGUGGAAUAUUUCAGCUGGCUUUUGCAGUGCCCGAGCAAUAUCCAUUGCAACCCCCACAAGUCAGGUUCCUGACAAAAAUCUUCCAUCCAAAUGUGCAUUUCAAGACAGGAGAGAUAUGCCUUGACAUCUUGAAGAAUGCAUGGAGCCCUGCUUGGACACUUCAGUCUGUCUGUAGGGCCAUAAUUGCUUUAAUGGCUCAUCCAGAACCUGAUAGCCCGCUAAACUGUGAUUCAGGCAAUCUUCUGCGUGCUGGCGAUAUCAAGGGGUACCAUUCCAUGGCAAGAAUGUACACUAGGCUUGCCGCCAUGCCCAAGAAAGGGUGAAGUGUUGUAAAACUUCUCAAUUGUUGUGAGGGUUUCGGCCACUGUGUAUGGUAUUGUGUAAUAAUACUGUCAAAUUUCAUUGGGGAUCAGCCAGUCUUUCUGUUCAUCACUUAAACAUGUAUAAAAAUAAUAGCUAGUAGCAA